AUGGAUUGUUAAGUGUCUGGGAAUAUUUGGAUAUCUACAGUGAGCUGAAAACAUAGCCACUUCUACUUUUAUUUCUACUGACUUAAAAGCAACACAUUCUUCCGAACCAGUGUUAUCAAAAAUAAAACACAAUGCAGUGCUCUAAUAUGAAAAACAUUCUUGUCCUAUCAUUUGGGAUAUUACUUUUGUAUACAGCUUACAUGGGACUUCAAACUCUGCAGAGUAGUCUCAAUAAGAUUCAAGGACUUGGUGUUGCGUCACUGAGUGUAAUGUAUGUUUCUCUCAGUAUAUCUUCGUUAUUUCUGCCGCCCAUUCUGAUCAAGAAAUUUGGCUGCAAAUGGACGAUUGUGGCAUCUAUGUUUUGCUUCAUUUCAUACAGCCUGUGCAACUUUUACCCAAGUUGGCCUACAUUGAUAAUUUCCUCUAUACUUGUUGGAAUUGGUGGAGGACCUCUUUGGGCUAGUAAAAGUAUCUACAUCACAAUUACUGGAAAUAAAUAUGCAGAAAUGUGUGGUAAAAUUUCAAAAGAUGUAGUGAAUCAGUAUUUUGGAAUUUUCUUUUUCAUUUGCCAAACCUGUCGUGUUUGGGGAAAUCUUAUUUCCUCCCUGAUAUUUCACCUAACACCAAAUGCAGGUAGCCUGGAUGGCUCAAAUCAAACGGUUUGUGGUGCAGCUGACUGUCCCAUUGAGUCAACUCAGGCUGGGAAUACUACAGGUGGUCCAUCAAAAACUGUAAUCUAUAUUCUGCUGGGGUCCUACACAGCCUGUGGGGUUCUUGCUGUGCUGUUGAUCAUUCUGUUUUUGGAUCAAAAUCAUGGUGACAAAGAGAAGAAUACAGACAAUGGAACAUCUUUCUGUUCAACCUUAUUGUCAGCACUGAAGCACCUUCGUGAUAAACGCCAGUGUCUUCUUAUACCACUUACUAUGUUCAGUGGUUUCGAGCAAGGCUUUAUUGCCAGUGAUUUUACAAAGUCAUAUGUGACCUGCAUUUUAGGACUAAAGUAUGUGGGCUUUGUAAUCAUAUGUUUUGGAGUUACCAACUCAAUCUGUGCAGCCAUUUUUGGAAAGCUUGCCCAGUAUACUGGGCGAAUUCCCUUAUUUAUAUUCGGAGCAGCAAUAAAUAUUGGGUGUAUUAUUGGCUUUUUGGUCUGGAAACCAAGUACCGGCAACUUUGCAAUAUUUUUUGUGAUGUCUGCACUCUGGGGAAUUGCAGAUGCGGUUUGGCAAACACUACUAAGCUCUUUAUAUGGCGUUUUAUUUGAGAAGAACAAAGAAGCUGCCUUCGCCAAUUUUUCUCUCUGGGAAUCUCUUGGAUUUGCUAUUGCAUUCGGAUAUAGCUCAUUUCUCUGUGUCUAUAUCAAACUGUACAUAUUAAUGUGCGUGAUAGUAUUAGGCAUUCUGCUUUACGGUGCAGUGGAAUUUAUAGAGUAUAGGAACUCUCGCACAGUUGCAGAAGAUGGACCAAAAGACCAUACUCAAGAUCCCUCAGCAUAGAAAGAUAUUUUUAUUUAUACUUUGACUGUACCAUGAACCCAGCAUUCAUAUGUAGCAUAUUUAAAACUUAUUAAAAUAUGAAUAACUUGGGAUUCGUUUACACAAAAAUAUCAGUGGCAAUGCAUGUUGGCGUAUAAUUGAGUCAAUGCACUCAGUUAUGUUUGUUUUCUAAUUUGGAAAUCUUGCUAAAAAUAAAAAGUGAAUAUUUUACAAACUUCGUAUUAUGCAAAUGCCCCUAAAAUGUGCAUUAACCAACAGACGGAAAAACCUACUUAUUCAGAGAUGUAUUUUGGCUGGGUGUCGCCCUAAGCUUGGCCCAGGGCAGCGCCUCAACUUCCUCUUUCCACUUAUCUUCACUCAAUGAAGUAUAACGGGCAAAUUAAAGUUAAACGCAAUAGAGACUAUAACUUGAAAAACAAUAUUUUAAAAUA